ACACUAGCUGAUAGACAUUAUUGGUUUGGAGCAUGAAUAAGCAUUAAGUCCUUCAUUUGUGCAAGCAGUCGCAUUGGUUGGCUCACGAAUCUUGUAUGUAUUGGACUAUUUUGUUCAAGUGAAGAAAACUCGAAAAUGUUGCCAGUGAUAUUAUUGGAACAUUAAAGUUACGGGCUAACAUUCAUUGUUGUUUGAAUUUGUGAAAGAUGUGGAUAUACAGCAUCUGGUGAUGAUGAAGAUGAUGAAGACAAAGACAAACACAGCAGCAAAAUGACAGAACUCACUCCUGAACAUAACAGUGACCUUGACCUGGAAUCUGCUGACCUUGCUGGUGAAAAGUCAAAUAACAGUGACAAUAUGGAUUGCAUAGUUGAAAAUGGUGUAAAAUGUGAACAAGACGUUGAUGAAUCAGUUGAGGACAAGCUUGCUGAUGAAAAGAGAUCUAAAUGUGAUCCAGACUCUGAAGAGGAGACAAAGUGUGAAAAUGAUCUUAAGGUGGAAAAUGACAGUGAUAGUAAUGAAAAGUCAAAUAUGAAAACUGAAAAACUGAGUGAUUCUGAAAUAGAGAAAGUGGUUAAGCGUGAACUUAAUGAAGCAGUUGAAAUCCGUGUUCCAAAACUGAAAUCAAAGAAAGACAUAUCAGACUAUAAUUGGCUACAAAGUUGUGGAAUGAAGUCUGAAAGGUCUUCGCCAGGGAGGAGGCCAGAUACUCCUCCUUUACAGAGAUUGAUGAGGCAGGACCUUCCUGCCUUGAAGUCGAAUAUAGCGUCCCCAUCGCCCCCUAAACGGUUCAAAGACAGUAUAACGCACAAGGAGGGCUUUACAUCAAAACUUGCAUCUGUUAUCAUUCCGAGUUCAAAUUCAACAUUACCUCCAAAACUUGCAUCUCAUCCAAAGCAGCUGUUGUCGCAUAAUAUUGCAAACUUAAGGACUUCAAGUUCAAAAUCCUCUAGUCUACUGAAAUCAUCUUUUUCUACAAGCUCAUUAUUAUCCCGAUCUUAUCCGGUCAGUCAGCCGGUGUUUCCGAAUCAAAAUCUACAGAUGGAAAAUGACCAACCAUUAGAUUUAUCAAGAAAGACUGGAAAAUCUUCAAAUGACUCAAAGUCAAGAUCAUCAAGCAAAUCUUUAAAUGCUCAUGAAAGUGGUCUCUCAUCGACAAGUUUACAAAGUCUGCAGCAAAAGUUUGGAGGCGACUUUCACCUUAGGGGACUUCGUAAGCCUCUGAAUUAUAUGUUAUAUGGUCCUGAAAUCCCAGCAUUACACCAGGCUCUGCUUCAUUCUGCAUCCAUGGGUUUACCGCCAUAUCCACUUCCAUUUUCCAAUGGAUUUCCAAAAAUCACACCAGAAAAACAUCGCCACUCAAAUUCCACACCUUCUCCAAGCAAACCGAAACAUGAAGACAGCUACAAAUCAUUGAAACAUGAACACAGGCAUAAUGGAAAAGCCACUGAACGAGACAACUCUGAUAAGGACAUUGAACAGGAUCAGGGAAAUGAGGAUAAACAGGGAGAAAAUUAUACCAACCAUUUAUGUACCUGUGGUAAAUGGUAUGAUGGGUUGUAUUCUCUUAGCUUGCAUUUACAAGAAACAGGACAUUUGCCUGCUAGGAAUAAGUCUGUAAGUUUGCUGGAAUAUCCAAAACUUGUAAGAGGACAGGACAUGUGGUUGAACCAAGAGUCAGAGCAGACACGUAGAAUAUUGAGAUGUAUACAGUGUGGGGAAUCAUUCAAAACAUUGCCUCUGUUGACUGUACAUAUGAUGAAAACACAGCAUUAUACGAAGAUUGUAAGUUCAGAGCAUGCUAGGCGUGCGCACAAGUGUUCAGCUUACUGUGACAAAGACGCUGAUAAAGAGUGUGUGUUCAAAUGUAAAGUUUGUGAAGAUACAUUCCCGGACAUGGAAGGUCUUGCAAAUCACAUGAUACUAUCAGGGCACCAUAAGAAACAGGCCCGUACUAACCAACCUGUUUCUGACAUGCAUUUCAAAAAGCGGAAACGUUACAGCUUCGAAGAAGCUCUGAAUCCUUUUGGAAAUCCAAGUAUGACAGCCAUGUUUGAAUAUAAAAGACACAUUCUUGGUGGACAGUCCAGUCCAGAAAUGCCUGCCGAUGAAAUCGAUGACAACAGAAUCAGUUGUGAAAACUGUGGCCAGAAAAUUGAAAUGAAAUCUUUUGUUGAACAUGUACGGGCUUGUUUGGGACAAAAACUGAAGGAAGAUGUUGCUAGGUUUGAAAAAGAGAAGGAAAACUUUAGGAAACUUGAAAAAGAGAAAAGGAUGUCAUCUGAACAUAAUGACAGUAGUUCUGAUAAAGAAAGUUCUCCAGUUAAAAAGAGGAGAAUGGAAGAAAACAUUGAGACAGUUAAUGGUGAAUCUGGGAGGGAAAGCAUUGACAUCAAGGAAGAAAAGGAUGACAUUGAAAAUGACAAUGAAUUGAAAGAAGCUGAUACAGUACUUGAAAAUUCCAAAAGUCUCAAGAAAUGUUCAGAGUCAGUUGAAACUAAUUCAGAAAAUAGUGAUUAUAGUCUAGAAGCUGGUGAGAUAACAGACAAGAGUAAGAAUAUAUUGAAAGAAAUCCAAACACUUGUGGAAAGCAAGGGUCGUCUUAAUGAGAAAGUGGAAACUGAAAAGUUUGUCGAUGAGAUCAAAACAGAAACAAAGAAACUGAAAAACAAUGCUACUAAGAAACUUGAUAUUAUAGAUCCUGAUAACACAAAAGAUGGUGAGUCAGGUGAAGGGUCAGCUUUGUCUGCAAUGGAAUCUUUUAUCAAGAAAAGUUUCAGCAGCAAAUUUGACUACAAAAAGGGUAAUAUUAUAAUCAAUCCACAUACAAGCGCUGAUGCCACCAUUCAUCCAAAACCGCUGAACAGCUCAGUUGUGGGUUUUGAGAGUGCAGAUUACUUGAGUAGGUAUAAAAACUUUUAUGCAGCUUUGAAUUUAAACAAUGGUUUCAAGUAUGAAUCUCAAGAAAAGGAAAAGGGUCGAGUUGAUCAUAGUAACCAUAGAAAUGGGCUGAAGUCAAGUAAGAACGAGAAAGAAAGAAAUGGUAAACUGUCUCCAAAGUCAAACUCUGAUGAUGAGAAAGAAGAUGGAAGAAAUAGUGUAGCAUCUGCUGCCUCUGAUAGCUCAAGUGUAGCAGAUAGAAAGGAAAACCUGGAAAAUAAGUAUCUGAACAUGGAAGACAACAAAGACACCAAAAAAGAUGGUAAAGCUUCUGCACUGGACAAUCUUAGUAGCUUUGUGUAUGGACAGACACUUACAAGUGAGCACCCUCUUGAUAGCCUCCAAAGACUUAUUACCAAAUCGGACAUUCCAAACCUUAUGGGUGGUGCAGGGGGAUCAGGACAUUUUAAAUUUCUUCCGCCACAUCUCCAGCUACAUCAAGCAAAUCUGGAUCUCACUUCUCCUCUCAACUUGUCAGUGAAAUCGCCCAAAGCUGAAAGUGAUGAAGACGACACUCGAUCGCAUAAGUCUCGUCAGGAUGACGCAGACAGCUGUUCCGACUAUGAGGCUCUCAAUUCACCCUCGAACAGUGACGGUGACCCGACAGAAUAUCGUUGUACCGCUUGCAGUCGGAGAUUUGCAUCAAAAGGCUCAUAUCGUUACCAUUUGAGUCGGUGCCAUCUUUCAAGCGUUAAACGUUACGGAAUUAAAGAGGCCUUCAAUAUGAGCCCCUAUGUAUAUCUUCCUCUGGAUCACACUGCCAAAUUCUCCAAAUAUUACGAAAUGGCGAAAGAACUGGCUAAUAAAGCAAAGCAAAAUAAAGCUAAAUGAGCACUAGCUUUUGUUAACAUUUCUUAGGCACACAAAAGUUCAAAAUGAAGUAUCAUUGCUGGGGGUGUCAUGGAUUUCUUUAUAAGGUUGUGACUUUAAUUAAAUAUUUUGAUAUUAUUUUGUAUGUUGUACAAAUGUAUACUUGUUCAAAUCUCUAGUCUUUGUUUGAAAUCUUGUACCGCAUUGCAUUUUUUCCAAGGAAUGUGAAUAAUUGUAAAAAGAUGUUACUGGUAUUUAUGUUUAAGCAAAAUUGAAAUUUAUAGUUUGAAAUACUUGUCUAUGACAGAAGAAUUUGAUUUGGUCUAAACAUCUAAACAUCCUUGUUCUCAAAUAACCAUUUUCCUAGAAUAAGUAUAUGGCAUGGAAUUCUUCUAAUUUUCAGCAUAAAUAUACUGUCAUAGAUUUGUUAAUUCAUACAUGAAAUUCUGCCAUGCAUUGUUUUAUUAUUGAUUAUUAUUGAUUGAAUUUAUAUUAAAUAUGAGUUAUGUAAUUACAAAACCAUUGCUACAAUGUUGAUGCUAUAUUUGCAGCGACAAUCACUUAUUUGAUGCCUAACACCCUUGUAAUAUACUGUAGAUUGCUUUCAAUUUGCAACUGCCCUUUUUCAUGAAUAUGACUAAGGCCUAAAAAAAGUUAUCUAUGUUUCAGGCAACCUGAUCCUACCUUGCACCCCCCCCCCAACCCUAGAUUUUUUUUUACUCGAUAGUGUUUUUUUUUAAAUAAAAUAAAAAAAAAUAACACAUGUCAUCAUAAGCAGUAAACUGGCUUAGCUGUUUUGACUGGACUUGGGGGGAAAAAUGCACAAAAAAUACAACAACAUUGUCCCUGCCCUGAACUCAGAUUAUUUUUUGUUAGGCCUAAUUUGACUAUUGCCAUAAUAAUAGCAUAGGAUGAGUAUUUGCAAUAUCAUAAACAUAUGAAUUGUUUCUGUAUAUGCCUAUGGUAUAAAAACAGUCUCCUUUCGAGAGAUAAUGCCCACGAAAAUACCUACUGGUAUAUUGCGAAGUUCUAAGAUCACGAAAAUAAUACCCAGUAUGAUAUGAAAGCAAUUUACAGUAGCUUGUAUUAUACACCAAAUUCUGUUGUCAUUGUUGUUUCUUACUGUUUGUUAAGCAUAUAUUUUGUCUUGUUAUUAUUUUUCUUACGAAAAAUCAGCAGUUAUUGAAAAGUCAAUUUCUUUUUAAUGUAUAUAUUCUUACGUUACUUUAAUUUUCUAGCAUAGAUACCAUUAUCUUACUGAAAUUAUUUGAAGGUGCUUCAUAAACUCAAAUAUAUAUUCCGAAAGGUAAUUCCUUUCUUCGAAAAGUUUAAUACACAUGAAUCACUAAAUACUUACACUAUAUAAGCAUUUAAAUAUGACCAGAAUGUGAUAAAUAAUCGACUUCUCCAUACAUUUCUAUUUUCCUAUCUAUCUUUAUUAAAGAGGUUUUUAAUGCAUUCAUUCUUUUGAACUCCUGGAAGAUAACUUACCCUGUGAAAUAGUUUCAUGCCAUUUUUAUCCUGCGGAACAUAAAUUGUGGUUGCUGCGCAGGUGUUAUUUUUUCGGUAACAUUGUUGGAUAUGUAUUACGUACAUGUUUUUAAUAAGGCUAAGGAUGUUUUAAAGUUAUAAAGUAAUUUUUUUAUUAGCAUGAGUUGAAGAAAUCUGUAACCGAUUACAUUCCUUUAUUUGUGAGCUUUUAAGUUAUGAAGCGACAAUGAUUUGUACGAUAGUUUUUUUUUUUUUAUUGUUUUAAAUGUUAACAAAAUUGUUUGUUUUGAGUAAUGAACAUUUUUCACUUAUUUUUCAACAUUUUUAUUAUUGGUUUUGGUAAGUUCAAGUAUUAUUGUGACUGCUAAGUGAUAGCAAGUUUUAUGGUAAGAAUCAUAUUCCUUAAUAAAAUAAAAGUUGCUAAUGUUAUGCAGUAUAUAAAGAUAUCUGAUAUGAUGAGUUCACUUUAAUGGAUAUUAAUGAGUAAACAGAAUUUGUCUGCAUAUUUAUUAUAUGUUAUUUAACACUUUUCUGUACAAUACGGAGAUAUAUUUGGAUCAGUACAAUUAGGUUUAGAAUAACUAAUAUUUUCUCCUCUAUAUAUUUAGUACUUUAUGUUUUAGAAUUAAUUCUUUUUAAUCAAAACUCAACUUUUUGUGUAUUUUACGCAGUAUUUUAAAGACACCUACUCAAUAACUUGUUAUGAUUCAACCAGUUUAAGAGGUCUUAAUGGAAAAAGAUGGAUUACAUUUUGAGAUUUAUGAAAACAACAAAUACAGUAAAGGCAAUUCAUAAAAUGAGAAUAGUUUUUUGAAAAAAAUACAGAUCAAGUCAUAAUGAUGAAUGAGCUUUAGUAUUUGAUGGAUUUGUUUAUAGCAUGGUAAAUGUUGCUGAUAUUUGGUUAUACAUCUUGCUUAAUGUUUGGUGGAGAUAUUUUUUUACUGCAUUAAAGAUUUAACAAACCUUUUCCAUCAUUCCUACGUAUGUUUCUGACUUGAUGAAAAAAAAAAAUGUUUUCAUGUUUUCAACAUUGGGCGUUAUUUCUCUAAAAAUUGAUCAAUUUUGUUGAAUUUUAACCAAAAGAAAGUAUUCAAUCUUGUCAAAGAAUUUUUAGCAGCACAAAAAUGAAUACAUCAUUGAAAAAAUUGGUGUGCAAAAAUAUCAUACCAUGCAGAAACAUGUUCAGGUCAAAAUUUUAGGAAUUGUCUUAAAGAAUUUCCUUAAAAAAAAUUUAAUGAGUGUAUUUUUGUUACAGAAUAUUUAUAAUGGAAAAACAUUCUUUAUGAUCUUCUGACAAAUGUAUGUUUUGUUUAAUGUUGAUUUGACUGCUUUAAAAUGUUAAUGAUGACAAAAUAUAUGUCUAUUUUAAGAAAUCCUAUAUUUAAUAUUAAUCCUGCAUUUUACCCAAAAUGCAUCUUAACACUUUCCUUGCUUACACAGUUUUAUUUCUUACAUUUGUAGAUAGAUUUUAGACUAUUAUGCUUUCUUACCAAUAUCACAAGGCCUAGAAAAAGUGAUGUUUCUUAUUCUAAUUUCUAUCAUAUUUAUCUGAUUGGUACAAUAUUUAAGAUAUUUCACUUUUCAAAAAAACAUUGGCAUAAAACUGAGUGUCAUCAUGUAGAUAUAAUCAAAAUGAGAAGUGUAACUUAUUCUCAGUUAAAAAGGUACUACCUAAUUGGUGAGUUACAACAAACGAUUUUGAGUCUUAAGACAUGAUUUGAAUGAAUGGAAUAUCCUUGGUAAAAAAUGCCAUAAUAUUUUCUGUGAAAGUUGUUCGACUUAAGCAUCAUUUUUAGAGAGUUGUAGAAAUUACCUUAAUUCAUGUUUCCAUGGAAACCAAAUUUUUGAUUAUUACAUUUUAUUGGUAUUUAAAAGGAUAUAAUUAUGAUUUAACGUGAUCCUAUCAUCUAUCUUUAAUUAAAACAAAGGCACUAUACUGUUUGUUUACAUUUGGGUAAAAUAUUGGUAUUUGGAUCGAGACUUGCAAACACUCAUGUUAUUAAAAGUAAAAAAAAUGUUAGUGCUAAAAGUGAAAAAAAAAGAGUUCCAAAUUGAAAGCUUUCAACUUUAGCCUGUUGUCUGGUUGUUACGAUCAUUUUUUUUUUUUGCUUGGACAUUUGCACUGAAUUCGUUAAAAAAAAAAAAAAUGACUUUGAAAACAUUUUCAAAAGGGGUCUUAGCCCAGCCUUUGGGCAUAAAUCCCUCAUACUUAAAAUACCUUGACUAUUUUCAUGAUUGACAUUUAUCAGCUGUUAAAUAGAAACCCUGAAAAAAACUUAUAAUGCAUGUAAAAUGCAUGUUAAUCUAAGUAAAACUUUGUAAAACUAAGAAUUGUUAUGUAAACUACUUGAGAAACCUCACUUUUUACAGGCCUAAAAUGUUUUAUCUGUAUAAAUUUUAUCCAUAAUACACAAGUUGUAAACUUACACUAUAUUGAAUCCUAACAUGGCAUUGUUUUCAUUUUUGUUAACGAGGGAAAAAAAACUACAAACUGUUUUUGUCUGUUAAAGUUUCUGUUACCAUUUUAUUUUUUUCACUUUUUGAAAUGUUCACUUACAAUAUGUGGAUAUCAAUGAUUUAUUGUUGACAUUGGAAUAUCAAUGAUUUAUUGUUGACAUAUGGAUAUCAACAAAUUAUUGUUGACAUUUGAAUAUCACUUCUCAUUAGAAACUCUACAAUGAUUAACUAUCAGAUUUUUGUUCUACAGCAGACACAAUAUAUGUUGUGAUAUUUAUUUUGCUUCUAAUUUUUUUCAUUAUUUCGAUGUCAUGUCAAUGUAAGCUUUACAUUUAAAAUUGUAUCUCAACCUUAUAUCCAUAUUUUGCCUUUUAAUGUUUUAUGAAUUUCCAUGGUUGAUGAAAAUGUUUAUUAUUAUAUUUGAAACAAUAAAAUAUUAAUGUAAAA